CCACCAGCAUAUAUGUGAUUUUGGUGCCUAUUCUGUAUUCCGACGGAUUUCUAUUUCGUUCGAAAGUGAUAUUUCGAUCGUUUUCGAAUUUACCAUUCCCUAUUCCAAUCGUUUUGCUCGUUUCGAACGAAAGUGUUAGAAAAUUUCGAAUAUGCAUCGAUCUGUCAAAAACCGAUAAACAAAAAGAAACACCGUAUUAAAUAGCGGCGAGUGCGAGUUGAAUUUCAGUUAAUUUUUGAUCCUAAGAGAAAUUUGUGAGAAAAUUUUCUCGUUCAAUGGAUUCCGUUUUGUUACCGAUUUUGGCGGAGCAAGAAGAAAUUGGAAUGCCUUGCUACCAUCGGCGAAACCACCGAAAAUCAACCGACUUCAUGAAACUUUCUGAUGAAGCAUUCAUCAAAAGUUUUCGUCUAAGUAAGGAAGCUUUUCGGUACGUUUUAGAGGAAAUUGAGAACUGCCUUACCACAAGGAAAGGUGGUCUAUCCACGGAGGUGAAACUCGCAGCAUGUUUGCGAUUCUUUGCUGAAGGAAAUUAUCAACAUGGAGCAGGGCAAGAUUAUCACAUUGCCAUAGCACAGCCCACAUUUUCCAAGGUGCUGACUGAAAUGCUUAACAUUCUGGAGCGGACACUGUGUAAGAAAUGGAUUUCCCUAAAUAUGACGGAAGACGAACAGCGGCGUGCUAAACUACACUUCUAUCAGAAAACAUCAAUUCCGGGUGUUAUUAUGUGUUUGGAUGGAACCCACGUAAAAAUUAUUCCACCUAAGCUGAAUCGAAAUUUGUUUUUUAAUCGGAAGGGAUUUUAUAGUCUCAACGUUCUGAUUGUUUGUGACGAUCAGCAAAGGAUUCGUUUCGUUGAUCCUACCUUCCAGGGAUCUAAUCAUGACUCUCAUAUAUGGCGUGUAAGCCCUGCAAGAACUCACUUUGAGCAGCUUCACCAAAAUGGUGAAGUUAAUACUAAGAUUCUAGGUGAUGCUGGUUAUCCAUCGGAACCUUGGUUAGUAACGCCAUUCAGAGCAGCGGAGGAAGGGAGUUUGGAGAGCGAUUUUAAUCGCAGGCAUGCCUUGGGUCGUGCUAUCGUCGAGCGGACAAUCGGUUUACUAAAAAAUCGGUUUAGAUGCAUCCUUGGCGCGAGACAACUUCACUACAAUCCUACUAAAUGCGCUCAAAUUAUAAAUGUAUGCUGUGCACUUCACAAUAUAUGCUUAGAAUUUGGUCGUUCUCAGUAGUUAUAAUAUGUUAUGCAGCUGUUUACAUAAUAAACUUUUGUUUAAAUUAAUAUUUAUGACUGUUAAAUUUCAUCUAACUUGUUUGCAAAUGCUCAAAUAAAUAACAACCACCGGAAAAGGAAGUGUCUUCCUUACUUAACUAUGGUUUCGGCAGAAUUAUUUACUCUUAUUCCUGCCAACACUUUGAGAACAUGUCAUUAUCGAUUUCUCGUAAGCAGGCCAAGUAUUCAAAUAACCAUUAUUAAUACUUUUUGCGUUGUUUUAACCCCUUGCUGUACGAUUUAAUUUCCAACAGCACGGCCCAAAACGAGCACUUCGAGUCGUUCCGCUACUCUGCUGAGUGUGGGUAUCUAACAUGGGUGCCCUAUGAUGAGCAAAUACAUGUUGUGUUUAAAAUAAAAACGAAGGAGUUAUUACUACGUACUAACUCGUUCGUUUUUAUUUUAAUUAUAAUAUUCAAAUUAUAUUUUAUAUUUUUAGCUCAUUCAAUUUUUUUUUAAAUAACGGAAAUUUUAUAAUCUUCAGUUGUCGGUAUCCUCAUCAUAUGCCUGAAGCUAUGUAAUUAUUUCACAUCGAGAAACAACGAGUGAAGUUCAAUGUUGUACGUGAAGGGGUUAAGGAAGUUCCAUAAACUAUAGGCGAAAUUCGUGAAUUUUAAAAAAGUUUAUAUAAUUUUGAUGCUAUUCCAAACAAACUUCAAAGAAAAAAUUAAGUAAGAUUUUUCUUCCAUGGAAAGAUAUAAAAAUACGAUUAGAACUUUUUUUCAUUUUUUUAUACUUGAGUUACAAUAUAAAGAUAAAAAAUCAGAUCACUGAUAUUUUGAAACAUUAUUCUAAUGUUCUGAAAUAUACGCAAUCUGCGUUUCAAGGAUUUGUCGCUAUUGAUUUCUCCAGCGCGAUCUUCUCCAUCUCGUGGUUAUGUCGUUUUUGUUCACUCAGAUGUUCUUUGAGUGUGGCAUCCACGGAAAGAAUCGCUCGAGCUGAUUGGCGCUGAUAAUGAACCAGAUCACUCAAAUUCUUGUUUGUGUUUUUUAACAGGGAUUUCACAUUGGUGUGAAAUUUGUUUUGUUGCUCGACUUGCAGCUCUAAUAGCCUCGUGGUAGAAGGUCUGGAUUUUUUCGGCUGAGAGGGCUGGAAGUGAAUGGUAUUAUUGAUACCGUCACACUCGUCGGAAGUACCAUAAUAUAUAAAAUUUUCCUGGUCUGCAGCUUGAGGUUCACCCGAAGGCGAACCCAACUGUGUUCCAUGAGAUGAGGUACCCGGGAUUCCUUCCACGGUCGCAAGUAACCCAGUUAGUAGAACUGCCUGCUCCUCCAGCUCGGACAAAUUGAUAAUUUUAUUGGGUCCUCCACCUGUCGCCCUCUGCUCCCGUUUGUUGUGAGCGAGUUUUCGCUUUAAUCCGGACUUAUAGUCCGCCCAAACCUACACAGAAAACCAGGGCAAAAAUAAGACUAUAA